GCAGGCCAGGUGAGGAGACAAGCACUCCUUGCUCUGCCCCGGCUUGGCCAGGAGAGGCAGCGAGGAGCCCAGGACCAGCUUCCUUCCUCCCUUCCGUCUCCCCACGCAGCUCUCCAGGGGCGUCCGGGCCAGACGGAGCGCUCGCCACGCUGCCAGCCAUGAGAGCCCAGGCUCUGCUGGCCCUCCUGCUCCUCUGCGUUCUGCUGCUGCAGGCCCGGGGCGGGCAGCACGGCCAGAAGACGAACCACCUCAAAGCUAAAGCCUGUACGAAGCGGCCCAGGGAGUUUACUUGUGGGAACCAUUGUUCAUACUUCCGGCACUGUCCACAAAAUACCAUAUGCUGUUCAACCUUCUGCGGGAACAUUUGCAUGAAUGUCCUGUGAGUCAGAGAGCCUGGGGCCGUGCAUCCUGACCCCCCAUCCCCCGCCCCCACAACCGUCUCCACAGACACUGUGCCUGCGGCUGAAGAUAAGGACCUGACCCUGGACACAAGGAUGUCAACAGGAGCGCCACCCUGUCCAGCCAGUAUCUGAACAACCUGGCCCUGUCAAAUAAACCAGAACAAAU